CAGCAAUCAUCACUUGGUGUGUGAAAUGGGAUGGGCUACGUCACAUUAAAGGGUAUUAAAGGGUAUUCUACAUGUACCCGUACCUACUCCGCACUACGCACGUACGAAGUACAAAGUACUUGGUACAGGUACAGGUACAGGUACAGGUACAGGCACUGAAUGAUCGGGAGAUUUCCCACGAGAUGUAUCGUUUCCCACUCCCACUGGUCGUUCCUUCGAGGCAGGAAGGACGGACUUGUUGCUGGCUUCUAUUUUGGUCCAAUCGACCAGUGCAUCGUCACCUGGCAUCAGAAGAUUGGCCAAGGUACUUAAAGGGAAUUAAUUACCUUACCUUAUAUACUUGUCCGGGCAGAAUUGGGCAGUCUUCCCCCAAUUGCCGCAUGGGGUAUCCUACUCCUUACUCCGUCCUCCGAGUCCGUUACUCGUACGAAGGAAGAGAAGCCAGACUUCUUUUUCCUCUUGCUUGCCCUUCGUCUUCGUCUUCUUCUCCUUCCUCCUCCUUUUCUUCUUCCUUCUUCUUCUUUCUUCAAGACCUCCCUCGUCCCUUUGGCCUUUUUAUUUUAGUUUAUUCCCGGGACCUUCACCUUAUGGCCUUUACUAAGCCAGGUAUCUGCUUGUACGGGCCCCCUGAAUGAAUCCCUUUAUUGACUAUUAGGCAUCGAUAUUCGGUCCUUCUUCCAACCUGCAUCCUUUUCACAUCGAGACAUGCAGUCGGACCUAAUUACCAGCCAACCCUUUUCACUGACCGAUAGACACGAUUCAAUGCAUGUUUAGGAGAACACCCUCCUGGUCUAGGCGUGCCGUCUCCGUACUCCUCGUAUAUCCAAGGUAUGAACCGUCCGCGCGUGUGAGGAUUGGCGAUCAUACCAUGUCCUCCUUAUGACGUGGACGUCAGACGCUGUCUCCACGUCCUACGGAGUGUACGGCAUCAGUGGUCCUUGGCCCACGCCCGGAACCACUCCAACGCCUCCGGGUUAGCCACGCUGGCAUUGGUUGUGACAUCCAUUCCCGAAAGGAUCUGUUUGACUGCCACCUCGAUUCUAAAACA